UCUUCCUCCUCCUCCCCGGCCCCGGGAAGAGGCAGGGCUGGAUCCCUUGGCAGGCGCGCUCCUCCUCCUGGCGGGCCCGCUGCGGAGUCAGCUGACGCCGGCGCUCCAGCCUCGCCUCCCCGCGCCGCGCUGUCCGCGCUCCCCCAAAGUGGCUGCGAGCCGGCCGCCCACUUUCGGGGUUCGGGGGACGGGGAAAGUGAUGUGCGCCUUCUGAAGCCUCCCCGAGCCACAGCCGAAGCAGCGUCACCUCUCCAACUUUCUCCCCCGACUCCUUCUCUUGACCCUGCCUGCCCUCGACCCUCCCCAAAGCCACUUAGGGUGCGCGCGCCUUGGGUAAGGGGGGUCACCGGCUGCCUGGGAUGGCUUCCAAUUUUAAUGACAUAGUGAAGCAAGGCUACGUGAGGAUCCGGAGCAGGCGCCUCGGGAUUUAUCAACGAUGCUGGUUAGUAUUCAAGAAAGCUUCAAGCAAAGGUCCAAAAAGACUGGAGAAAUUUUCUGAUGAACGUGCUGCAUAUUUUAGGUGUUAUCAUAAGGUUACAGAACUCAACAACGUGAAGAACGUAGCUCGAUUGCCAAAGAGCACCAAGAAACACGCCAUAGGGAUUUAUUUCAAUGACGAUACCUCCAAGACCUUUGCUUGUGAAUCAGAUCUUGAGGCCGAUGAGUGGUGCAAAGUACUCCAGAUGGAGUGCGUAGGGACGCGGAUCAAUGACAUCAGCCUCGGAGAGCCGGACUUACUGGCUACUGGGGUUGAGAGAGAACAGAGUGAGAGAUUCAAUGUGUAUUUGAUGCCAUCUCCUAACUUAGAUGUACAUGGCGAAUGUGCCUUGCAGAUUACAUAUGAGUGUAUCUGUCUUUGGGACAUCCAGAAUCCCAGAGUCAAACUCAUCUCUUGGCCGCUAAGCGCCCUGCGGCGGUAUGGACGUGAUACCACGUGGUUCACUUUUGAGGCAGGGAGGAUGUGUGAGACUGGUGAAGGGCUGUUUAUCUUUCAGACACGAGAUGGGGAGGCCAUCUAUCAGAAAGUCCACUCUGCUGCCUUGGCCAUAGCCGAGCAGCACGAGCGCUUGCUACAGAGCGUGAAAAAUUCAAUGCUGCAGAUGAAGAUGAGCGAGCGGGCCGCGUCGCUGAGCACCAUGGUGCCCCUGCCCCGCAGCGCCUACUGGCAGCACAUCACGCGGCAGCACAGCACGGGGCAGCUCUACCGCCUGCAAGAUGUUACUAGCCCUCUGAAGCUUCAUCGGACAGAGACUUUUCCCGCCUACCGACCUGAGCACUGACAGGUACUGCCGAAGAUUGUGAACACACCUGUGAAGUGUCAGCCGCAGAUCCACCCAGGGGGUCACAGAAUGACAGCAAGGGAAGCGACAAUGAAGAGAAGAAGCUUAAAGUCCUGGUUAAUUGUGUGGUCAUCGGGAGACUCUGCAAUACUCUAGUUUUCUUUUUCUUUCUUUUCUUUUUCUUUUUUUUUUUUUUUUAAUUCUUAGCGUAAUUGAAACAUGCUCUAUAGAUAUUGGCUUUUUUUUCCCCCUUUUACAGCUGGACAGAAAGGAGUCAAUGCCACAGAAUGACUUUCUAUUGUAGGUACUGUGUUCCUUGCACUUCUCUAAAUCUGUCCCUUUGUGGAUUCUUGUGAUUUUCCUUCUGAGUAUUUCAAUUGUAUGACAGUCAGUAUUGACAAUAAAAUGACUCUUAAUUAUUUGUUAUUUGUUUACACCCUAUUCCUCUGUUAUUAAUACUGUGGUUCUGCUUAACUACUGGAAGUCAUAUUUGAUUAUAUUACCAAUUAGUUAAAUGAGUGCUUUGAUUCACUCUUACCUGUUGUGUUCCAAACUAUCCUCCCAAAGCACCCUUUAGUAUUGUUUACAGGGUUACAAUUUUGCUCCUUGUCCCCUGGCUUCCCCCUACUUUUUAAAAGCCUUUAUUUUGUUUGGAGUACCUUCAUAAAACGUUUUAAAAUAAAAGAUUGUUCUUCACCCA